AUGUUUUCUGUUGGGAUUGUAGAUGCAGAUUUUUACGUGGGAAAAACUAUAGAUGGCUUAAAUAUUUUGUUUUCUAAAUUUCGCGAGGGGAAUGUUAACCGUGUUCCAGUUUUGAGGAUAUUUGGCUCAACUCCUGGUGGACAGAAAACUUGUGUUCAUAUUCAUCAAGUAUUUCCUUACUUAUACAUACCUUACGAUGGAACUAAACCCACAGAUAAAUAUCUGAAACAAUUUACGACAAGUGCAGACUUUGCUGUUCAAGUUGCGUUCUGUAGAACAUCAUCUUCUAUGAAAUAUGUUCAUAAAACUGAAAUUGUUAAGAAAAUACCAUUUUAUGGUUAUCAUGAGAACGAAGAAGAGUUUAUUAAGAUGGAGUUGUACAAUCCAAGAAUAAUUCCCAAACUUGUUGAUCUUCUUCAGAAUGGAGCUAUAUUGAACAAGUCAUUUCAACCACACGAAGCUCAUGCUCCUUAUAUUCUACCUAUUGUGUUGAAACACCUGUAUUGAAUCUUGAGAAAGAAUUUAAAGAAAAAAUCAAAGAAAUUAUUGAUGAAAGAAACAAAGUGAUUCAAAGUGAGUUGGAGACAAUGGAAAAAUUUCUUUCAUCCGAAGACUUUAAAAAAUUUUCUCAAAGUAUUUUGUCACAAAACAAGCAACCACAGUGUGAAGCAACAAUAAACCAAGAUGUGGAUGUGUAUAGUCCAGUUGUUGAUCAGUCAGUUAUAGAUGUACUACAAGCCAGCCAGGCCAGCAAUUUAUCUGGAGAGUUGGAUAAAGAAUUGGUGGAGAUUUUAAUGAGUUUGGAUAAGGAUGACAAUGAAACACUGCUGCAUGAAUGUUCUCAUAUUGCAGGCUCACAAAAAGGUAGUGAUGAUGAACAUGAUGAAGAUAUUGAUGAAGAUAAAGAAUCAAUAUUAAUGUCACAGCCAUUUUGGAAAGAGAAUGAAGAGGAACAUGAUUCCCAAAGUUCGGAGGAUGAUGAGGAAAUGGACUGGAAACCACCUUUACCUAUGCCUCAAGUGGAUGGUCCUGGUGAUGACGAGGACUCCAGGGGACAUGUGUAGUCAAUCAAUUUUCACUCCGCGAGAGAAUCUCGAAACACUAAACACGCGUGUCUGCGUGUAAUCUCGCGUGUCUGGAUGCAGAAAGUUCUCUCUCAUCCUAAAUGUACAGCAGCCGUUCGACAAACAUCAUUUAGUAAAUAUGGAAGGUAAAUUUUACAUUUUACGUUUCAUCUCACGGGAACAAUUUCUUUGUUUACCCAUGUAAAAUUAUUGUUUUUUGAACAUUUUUCAAAGUCAAGGAAAGCAUGUGAAAAGAACAUAGAUAACAUUUUCAUAAUGAUAAAAUAACAUGUUUUUCUCAUUAAAACUUUCACUUUGCGAAGAUA